AUGAUUAAAAGAUUUUAGUAAAUUUAAAGACUCUUUGAUUAGACUCUAUUUGAAGUAGAUUUUAUUGGAAUACACUUUCUACAGUCAAAAAAGAGUAAUUCAUAGAGAUAUUAAAAGAGCUAAUAUCUUAAUUAUCUAAGAUGGGAAAGUAAAAUUGGAAGGUAUUUAGAUAUAAUUUUAUUUACUUAGAUAUUUGAAAUGGUAAAUAAUUAUCUCAAAUUAAACAUGA